UCUAAAGGAUAGGUCAUGCUAGGAAAUGGCUGAAACUAUGGUUUUUAUAAACAACGAAUAUAGGUAUACUCUCUGUUUCUGUCAAACCAAAUGAUUGAUAGAUGGAAAUAUCACAACAACAACAACCAAUAAAUAUUAAAUCCACGUAAAAUAAUUUAUCAUUAAAACGAGAUCAUUAAUAUUAAGUACACGAGACUUAGAUGUGCAAAAGAGAAUGUUCUCUCGUGACAGAGACGUGAGAUCAUCAAAGUCGAAUCAAACGGAUUCCAUCCAAAACAUAAGUUUGCCGAGUAUUCCAAAAGAAAGAGGUAAUCGCUUCCAAAACGAGAAACAAACGAUUCAAACUUACUACCAAAGCGUAGCUGAAGAAAAUUCAUUCCCUACUAGAGUACCUAAACGGAAUGUUGAUAUAAAAUGUAGAAGCAAUAAAUAUAAAUCGAAGACUCGUCCAACAGAGUCGAUAAAUUUAAAUGAAGAAUUCGACGAAAAACAUAAAAUACAUCUGCCAAAGUUGCAGUCAAGUGAAAUCCAAUUAUUCCAAUUAGUUGCUGAUAAUGAUAUAGACCGCGUACAAAAUUUUCUCCAGGAGCACACUAAAUUAAAUAUUAAUUGCAUUAACUUUCAGGGCAUUUCGGCGCUUCACAUAGCAGUACGAAAUCGGUCAGAUUCAAUGGUCUCAUUCUUGCUAAAGCAACCUCAUAUUGAAAUUGGUGAUACUGUAUUGCAUGCCAUAAGAGAUAACAAUAUUGGCAUUUUGGUGAUGUUGUUGGAUGCUCAGAAGAAGAUAUCGCCUGGUUUGGAGUUUGCUGGAGCUACCCACUCCACGGAGUUUCCCGAACACGUGACGCCACUAUUGUUAGCGGCUCAACUGGGUCACUACGAAAUUAUUGAAUUGCUUGUCUCUCGUGGUCACUCAAUCGCCCGACCACAUCCUCCUAGCUGUUUUUGUGCAAGCUGCAAGAACUCUCUAAUCAACGAAGAUCCCCUUUUCGCAAGCAUGACUCGCCUGUCCGUGUACCGGGCCAUCUCUUCCCCCGCGUAUAUCGUGCAAAUGUCUCCCGAUCCCAUCCUGACCGCACUACGGAUGGCGGCUGAGCUGACAGAAAACGCAGCAGCGCACAGGCAGUUAGCUGCAGCCUACUUACAACUCAGAAGUGACGUCAGCGCUUUCGCUGUUGACCUUAUAGGCUGUUGUCGCACUUCUGAAGAAGUCGAGCUGAUUUUAAAGCAAACGGCAGGUUGUCGCGGGCAGCGGCACUUCGUGCUGCCGCGCUUAUUGAUGGCUGUUAAUUACAAACAGAAGGAAUUCGUCGCACACCCAAAUACGCAGCAGGUCCUAGAGUCCUACUGGAUUGGCGAUUGGUAUAGUUGGCCGACAAAAUCAAUUUUAGCAAAGGGUUUGAUCGUUUUCAGCCGUAUAUUCAUGACCCCCAUCAUUGUUUUUAUGUCAAUGGUACUCCCGCGGCAUUGGCUCGUUAGGCACUGGCAGAUCCCGUUGAACAAACUUAUUACUCAUGCGUCAGCGUAUAUCGUUUUCCUAGCUCUGGUCUUCCACAUCUCCAAUCAAGAUAAAACCGAACAGAAACGAGGGCCGCCGGAUACAGGUGCAGAAGCGCCCCUAAUCUUGUACGUGUGUGGCUACACUUGGUCGGCGGUUCGCAUGUGCCUAAUGCAAGGUCCCCAGAGGUAUUUUACGGAGCUGUGGAACUGGGCAGAAAUCAUCAUGCUCUUGCUAUUUGGCCUGACCUUUGCAUUGUGGGUUGCCGCUGCCAUCGAUGUCGCAAAUUCUACGAAUGAUUUAGAGCGCAAGUAUUGGGAACAACACGAACCGACGCUGCUCGCGGAGGGCACGUUCUGCCUGGCAACAAUAUUCGCUUAUUUCCGACUCUUGUUUUUGUGCCAACUGAACUACCAUCUAGGGCCGCUCCAGGUAUCUUUAGGGAAGAUGACCAUUGACAUUUACAAAUAUGCGAUAGUGUUCACAAUUAUCAUAAGUGCAUUUGCUGCUGGACUCGCUCGAUUUUAUCAAUAUUACGAUGGGAUGGUUUAUGAGGACGAGUUCGGUGUGAAAACUGUGCAGGUAUCUUCGUUCACGAGUUUGUCCGACACUUUAAAGACUUUAUUCUGGGGUCUAUUUUGUAUGGCUCCCCUGGAGAGUGCAGAUGUUGUGUUGACGAACACGAAAAACUCGAAAACAUUCGACAAGUUUCAGGAAAAUCGGCACGGAUAUACGGAACUCAUAGGAUACUUCUGUUUUGGAUGUUUUGAAGUAAUAUCCGUAAUAAUCGUGCUAAAUAUGCUCAUUGCCACCAUGUCGAAUACAUUCCAAAGAAUCAACGACAACGUCGCUAUCGAGUGGACAUUUGGGAGAACUGAAGUGUACAUCGACUACAUGCUGCAGACCACGCUCCCGUCCCCAUUCAACAUGAUCCCAACCGCAUCGGGCAUGGGCAACGUGGUGGAGUGGAUCCGAGCCAAGAUGGGCAAGCCGCAAGGACUUGCUGCGCGCUGGUCGCUCUCGUACUGCUGUUAUACGGAACGUGAUCUCGAGGCAAGUUUGCAAAAGGAGUACCCAGCUUUAAUGUCGGUGCUAGUGCAGCGCUACUUCCGCGACAAACACUCGACCACCGUCGCCUGCAGCGGCAUAGAGGCCGAGUUGGACGCUUUGCGACGCGAGCUCGCUUCGUACAAGGCACACAACGAAAAAUUAUUUAAACAAACUAAACAAGUGUAAUGCAGCUAAUUAUGUUUUAUGUAAAU